AUGAAUCUUUACAUCAUCAACAGCAUUUUGCUGUUGACAGUUUCAUCGAUUUCUGCACAGUACUGCACAGCUGUAUGUAUGACAAAAUUUCAUCGUUCGAUUGCUGAGAUAACAGGCUCAUCGGAAACAACAACAAUGUUGGCCCCAUUUCACAAGAUCAUUGCUAACACAGAAGACAAUCGAUCGGCUCACAAGCAAAUCCGCGCUCUUUGCCAACGAGUCAAAAGCUGGGAGACAUGCGUUCGUUCGUGCUCACGCGACAGUGCUCGAGCCAUCCUUCUUUCAUCUAUGGAACAGUGGAAAAAGUUUUGUGCGUUGAUGCGAAAACCUACAAGAGCAUCCAACGAAUAUUUGAACUGUGAGAGGGACCAUCAACAAGAAGUGAGCAAGCAUUGCGAUUCCUAUAUGCCUACCACAUUUACGAUUACUGUGUUUUGCAAAUCAAUAGAAAAGUAUCGCGAUUGCUCGGAUAGGUAUAUGCAUCGCUGUUCAGAUGAGGCAUUUUCAGUCAAAAAAACGAUAGACGAUGCGAUACAACACAGUUUUUCGAAGGUUUUAAAAUUUGCAACCAAUCGGAUAAGGUUACCUCAAAGGUGUAACAUGUACCAUCGAAGCCAUCAUUACAACAAGCAACGUGGCGAAAUUGAUCACAAACCAAUUGUGACCACAACCUCAACAAUGACCACUGUCACUUCCACACCAAUUACAAUUUCUCCUGCGCUUUCUGACGUCUUCUCAAGAAAAAUUGAAAUGUCGAAAAUAGAAAAAGCCGAGAAUCCAUGUGAUUGUGAAGUGAAGCAUUGUCCUCAAAAGUGUCUCCACACACUUGUUUCCGGCACAACUGCAGCGCUGGACACAACAACGACAACACUAGAAAUUUCCACUUCUUCCGCGUCUUCCAAUAACUCAACACUGCCACAGGACAAUUCAAAAGAAUCUCAACUUCUCGUGAAUUCAUAUCCAUCAAUCUUUCAUCAAGUCUCAUUUAUGAUCGUCAUUUUUCUUAUCACUCGUUUAGUUCUUUAA